GUAUGAUUGCGUCCUAAAUCUUCUCUUUUCCCUCUGUGUCACAACAUAGUAUAGUUUAAUACUGCAAUUGAUCAUCAUCACCACUAUUAUAUAGAAACCUAAAACUGAAGUUUUGAGCUCAUUUGAAGUUAAAACGUAAUUUUCGGAAAUCACAUUCUAAGUCAACUGCCAUUGAUAUUCGACUACAUGAACUGCUAUUGUUAAAGAAAUUGCAAUGGAGUCGAUAGUAUUAACGACGCCGUUUAGAGUGCUUGAGGAGUCAACAAGUAGUUCAGAAAGUUCAGGUUCGGAUCCUACAAACGCAGUGAUAUUUGUAGGGAUAAGUUUGCUAUUGGGAAUCGCUUGCAGACACGUGUUGAGGGGUACCAGAGUUCCUUACUCUGUCGCUUUGCUUGUUCUUGGCAUUGGCAUUGGCUCUUUAGAAUAUGGAACACAUCAUGGGUUGGGAAGGAUUGGAGAUGGUAUUCGUAUCUGGGCAAACAUUGAUCCUGAUCUUCUGUUGGCGGUUUUCCUUCCUGCUCUUCUUUUUGAGAGUGCUUUCUCAAUGGAAGUUCACCAGAUAAAG